AGCCCGUGGUGUCACGUGACUUGCAUGCAAACCCCUCCAAGAAGACCUUCUGUUUAUUUCCCCCCCGUCUCUUAAUGGUGGAUAACACUUGAGUAACCCUCGAACAGAUGUACACAUGAUGUAAGGUGUUGCAGAACAGAGCCAACAUGUCGGAAAGGCCCCGGUCGCUGCCGUCGUGGAUGGCGAAGAAAGAGAAGAAAGUGAAAGAGAAGGAGCCGCUGAAGAGCAGGAGAAAACAGAAAACUGCGAGGGCUGCUUUCUACUGUAUGAACGAGAGAGAGCUGGUAGAAGCUGCUGUGUCAUAUCUCACCAACGCUGCCUGCAAGGACGCGGUUCUCCCGACUGACCGACAGGUUGAAGACAAGGCAGCAGAUUCCACUGUUAAGAUGAAGGAGAACCCUUCUUCCUCAAAGACAAUAGCUAAGCUGGUGACAGAUGCUUUAGAGGAGGAGUCCUCAGACUGUGGUGAUGCCCUGGAGUCGACCUAUGUUUCAGAAACAGACAUGGACAUUACAGAGGUGGAAACGGUCCCGUACGCCAAGAGCCCACAGCAUCAGGGAUCCGAGGGUCAGAGGUCAGGGCCAGUUCGGGAUCGUGGCGGUGUCGUGAAUGUUGGACUGGAUUCUGAGGAUAGAGAGGAGCACUCACAGAUGCCAAAAGAUGCAGUGGAAGAGGAUGAUGCCUUGCGGCUUGUGCGAGAAAUUUUCUUCACCUGAUGAUGAAAACUGUAAUAAUGUGUGCACUAAGAGCUGUGUAACAAGUUUGCACUUAAUGGAAACUAUUCUCUUAAGAGUGGAAUACCAGCUAUGGAGGAGCUGUACAUAGUCACAAGCACCAUGUAAUAAAAGUAACUUUUAGAGAA